CGGCGGUAGCGGAGUUGACGGGGGAGCCGCGUCCGUUGAUCCCGCGCCGGGAGGCCGGGAGGACCCAGUGUUACUGAGCGGAGAGAUAGUCCUGACGGCCAAACGUAGGAGCAAUAUAUUCUCUCUGCCUUCCCCUUCUAUAAACACUGCACACUCAGCGGGAGGGGUGGCAGCUGCCUGCCUGGACAUGAGCUAGAGCAGCUCUCAGCUAGAACCAUCUCGCUCCACUUCCAGCAAGUCCCAACCGGCAACGCCGUGGGAGUUUACUCUCCGGUCCGCAGACGCUCGGCUCCAGGCUCCUUGCGGCUCGCAGGCUGCCUUGUCCCGCUGGGAUACUCCGGAUGGAUUCGCUCUGGCACUACCAGUUCCGCAUUAUCAUGCUGGGGGACUCGACGGUGGGGAAGUCGUCCCUGCUGAAGCGUUACACCGAGGGCGCCUUCCUCGACUCCAUCAACCAGACGGUGGGGGUGGAUUUCUACGUCCAGUUUGUGGAGCUGGAGCCCGGGCUCCGCAUCAAGCUGCAGUUCUGGGACACGGCUGGACAGGAGCGAUUCAGGUCAGUGACUCGCUCUUACUACCGCAACUCCGCAGGGGCAGUGCUGAUGUUUGACCUGACCAACCAAGCAUCCUUUGAGAGCAUCAAGGAGUGGCAUCGGGAGGUGACAGAGACAGUGAAACCUUUUCACGUGGUCUUUGUGCUGGUUGGGCACAAGAGUGACCUGGUGCCGCAGCGCCAGGUUGAGCGAAAGGAGGCCGAGAAGCUGGCUUCUUCACUGGGGGCAAAGUACAUAGAGACAUCCGCUAAAAGCAACAGCAACGUGGAUGAUGCCUUCCAGCUGCUGACCUUGGAGAUCUAUGAAGCUGUGAAGGCUGGGAUGCUGAGCCCAAACAAGGAUUGGGAUGGGGUGAAAAGCAGACUGCCACCCACAGAGGAGCCCAAAGUACAGAACCUGGGAAAACAAGAGAAGCAGAAGAAGUGCUCGUGCUAGCCAGACAUCGUGGACUAAGAAGCCAGAGUGAGCUAUCAUCACCCACCUUCCCAUAUGAGACUUGGCUGCCGGGCAGUAUUAUAUGCAAGGACAGUCACAAUAGCCUCUUCUAACAGGCUAGUAGUUCCCAUUAACCUCUCCCAUCGAAGGCAACAAACGGAAUUGGAACCGGUAAUGUUUCCAUCCACUCGUGUUCAAAGGCUGCAGGAUUACACAGCACCCUUUGUGCUUAGAGGAGAUUCCAAAUAGGAAUCCAGUGGUCUAGGCACUGGAAAAGACUGGAAUUUACACUCAGAUGCAAAGUUAAAUACAUUUUAUUAAUAUUUCUGGUUGUCUUUAGCAUUAAAUGGUUAGAACAAUAAACAUGCCAAUGAAAAUAGCAAGUGUCCCCCAAGUGGCAUAAACAGCAACACUAGACUCAGGGGCUGCCUGCAGAUUCAGAGGAUUUAGAAUCUCCAUGGAUGCUGCAUUUUCUACAGACUAAACAUUCUUCCAGCCAUCCUGGUUGUGAAGCACUUCCCAGCACCGAUGUUCAGCUCGGAGUCUGCAGAGCCACCCAGCAACAGCCUAUGAAGCACCCCCACCUUCUCCCAUUCUCAUCAAUGCGGCUCCUCAUGUUAAAACCCUCAAGUUAACAGUAAGUGGUGUUUUGCUGCAGGUUGUCCUGCCACCACGUCCCUCUUAUGUCACUGGACUUCCCCUUCGCUUGAAAGGACGCGGCCUAGGAACAAGGCUGCAAGUUUCUAAUAUGAAAACAGUCACUAUUUGGGCAAAACAGCUUCCCUCUCAGGCCUAACACUUAGACUUAGCAAUCUGGUUCUAGGCCAACAGGACUGGCUAUUUCCACAGGCUGUGUUCUUGUGACUACGCAGGAUACUGAAAUGCCUUCAAGACAGAACAGGGUAACUUUCACCUCCAGGUUACUGGUUAGAAUCUAGACCACGCUGAUAGCAUUUUUUUUUAAACUAGGAUCUGUUGGCUUUUUAGGUGACCACUAUAAGCAAUGAACUGGGCAGGUCUCCAACCAGUUUCCAGACCAGACUGUGGUACCCAAACUUGAUGUUCCAUCCGUUCACUUCACAACAAUUUUUUAAGAAAGUGGCAUGUGAACCAAUGAAGUUUGGGAUCCGCUGUUUUAAACCACAUCAUAAAGAACCAUCUCUACAACUGGCCCCUACAAUGGCAGUCUCAGCGGAAAGACUGAGUAUUAGCUGGGCGCAGAGAAUGGACGACAUUCACACUUACGAGUGUGAAUCCCCAUUUUGGAAGGACCAUAUCAGGUGUCAGAAUGGCAAUUUAGGACACUCUGGACACUGCCUAUGCUGUCAGUAAUUGUUCAGGCACUAGCACUGAACUUAUGAAGUUAACCAGUCUCAGCAGCAUUCUUGCAAAAUCCCCUCUUUACUGGAUAUGCCAUUGUAUUAUUAAUGUAUAAAUAAAGGGAACAGGUUUGAGGUAGCUGGACUUCUCAGAAGGGGCUCUUCAGGAACGCUUCCUCUGGAGGCACCUUGGGGUCCCCACCGGCAGACGGAAAUUUGGCCAGCGGAAGCCUGUCACGGUGCCACUUGAA